AUCUCAGACCACCCUAAAAAUAAUUCGUGGCCGGGCUCUACGUGCUUCACUAGCGAAGGCAAACUCUACCAUCCGAGUUAUUACUUCUAUAGUAAGAGGGCAACACGGGCUCUUAAAAAUUCUUUUAAGACAAAAGAAAAUCAACAGGAAAAAAAUGAGCCUUUCUUUUUGUGGUGACAACAUUUCUUCUUAUGAUAUCAAGGAAGGUGUAUUACAAAAUGCUUGUUUUGUGGAUGCCCUUAAUCUGGUCCCUCAUGUCUUCCUGUUAUUUAUUACUUUUCCAAUAUUGUUCAUUGGGUGGGGAAGUCAAAGUUCAAAAGUACAAAUUCAUCACAACACUUGGCUUCAUUUCCCUGGACAUAACCUGAGAUGGAUUCUUACAUUUGCUCUCCUAUUUGUGCAUGUUUGUGAAAUAGCAGAGGGCAUUGUUUCGGAUGCACAAAUGGAAUCUCGUCAUCUUCAUCUUUUCAUGCCUGCUGUCAUGGGAUUUGUGGCCACUACUACAUCUAUAGUUUAUUAUCACAAUAUUGAAACAUCAAACUUUCCUAAGUUGCUUUUGGCCCUCUUUCUUUAUUGGGUUAUGGCCUUUAUCACAAAAACAAUAAAAUUAAUUAAGUAUUGUCAGCUUGGUUUGGGAGUAUCUGAACUUCGCUUCUGCAUUACUGGAAUGAUGGUCAUCCUCAAUGGAUUAUUGAUGGCUGUGGAGAUCAAUGUCAUUAGAGUAAGGAGAUACGUAUUUUUUAUGAAGCCUCAAAAAGUAAAGCCUCCUGAAGAUCUUCAAGAUCUAGGUGUGAGAUUUCUUCAACCAUUUGUGAAUUUGCUUUCAAAGGCUACAUACUGGUGGAUGAACACACUUAUUAUAUCAGCUCACAAAAAGCCUAUUGAUUUGAAAGCAAUUGGAAAACUACCUAUAGCAAUGAGGGCAAUGACAAAUUAUGUUUGCCUGAAAGAUGCAUAUGAAGAGCAAAAGAAAAAAGCAGCAGACCAUCCCAAAAGAACUCCUUCUAUAUGGUUAGCAAUGUACAAGGCCUUUGGGAGACCAAUCCUAUUGAGUAGCACAUUCCGCUAUCUGGCUGACCUAUUGGGCUUUGCUGGACCUCUUUGUAUUUCUGGAAUAGUUCAGCGUGUAAAUGACACUACGAAUUCCACAAAUUCAACAGUUAGAUCUUCAGGUUCACUUACCUCAAAGGAAUUUCUUGAAAAUGCUUAUGUGUUAGCUGUUCUUCUAUUCCUGGCCCUGAUUCUACAAAGAACAUUUUUACAGGCCUCCUACUAUGUCACUAUAGAAACUGGCAUUAAUCUUCGUGGAGCAUUGCUGGCCAUGAUAUACAAUAAGAUCCUGAGGCUUUCUACAUCUAAUUUAUCCAUGGGUGAGAUGACUCUGGGACAAAUCAAUAACUUGGUCGCCAUAGAAACUAAUCAGCUCAUGUGGUUCUUGUUCCUGUGUCCUAAUUUAUGGGCCAUGCCUGUUCAGAUCAUAAUGGGAGUGAUUCUGCUCUAUAACUUACUUGGAUUAAGUGCGCUGGUCGGUGCAGCUGUCAUAGUGUUGCUUGCGCCAAUUCAGUACUUCAUAGCUACAAAAUUGGCAGAGGCUCAGAAGAGCACUCUGGAUUAUUCUACUGAAAGGUUGAAGAAAACAAAUGAGAUACUAAAAGGCAUCAAACUUUUAAAGCUGUAUGCUUGGGAACAUAUAUUUUGCAAAAGCGUAGAGGAAACAAGAAUGAAGGAACUUACCAGUCUCAAAACCUUUGCACUUUACACAUCACUUUCUAUUUUUAUGAAUGCAGCAAUCCCCAUAGCAGCGGUUCUUGCAACUUUCGUGACUCAUGCUUAUACCAGUAAAAAACUAUUAAAACCAGCAGAGGCCUUCGCUUCCUUGUCACUCUUUCAUAUCCUGGUCACACCUCUUUUCCUGCUUUCCACAGUAGUCAGAUUUGCAGUCAAAGCCAUUAUCAGUGUUCAGAAGUUAAAUGAGUUUCUCUUAAGUGAUGAGAUUGGUGAUGACAGCUGGCGAAGCGGUGAAGGUUCUCUAAACUUUGAGUCUUGUAAGAAACACACAGGAGUACAAACCAAAACUAUAAACAGGAAACAGCCUGGAAGAUAUAACCUGGACAGCUAUGAAUACUCAAUUAGACGAAUUCGUCCAGCUGAGACUGAAGAUAUUGCAAUUAAGGUGACAAAUGGGUAUUUUUCAUGGGGGAGUGGUUUAGCCACAUUAUCCAAUAUAGAUAUACGAAUCCCAACAGGUCAACUUACAAUGAUUGUGGGUCAAGUAGGUUGUGGAAAAUCUUCCCUUCUUCUUGCAAUACUUGGUGAAAUGCAGACACUAGAAGGAAAAGUUCAUUGGAGCAAUGUAAAUGAAUCAGAGCCUUCUUUUGAAGCAAUCAGAAGCAGGAACAGAUAUUCUGUAGCCUAUGCAGCUCAGAAGCCCUGGCUAUUGAAUGCUACAGUAGAAGAAAAUAUUACCUUUGGGAGUCCUUUCAAUAAGCAGAGGUACAAAGCUGUCACUGAUGCCUGUUCUCUUCAACCAGAUAUUGAUUUGUUACCAUUUGGAGACCAAACUGAAAUUGGAGAAAGGGGGAUUAAUUUAAGUGGAGGUCAAAGACAAAGAAUCUGUGUAGCUCGAGCUCUCUAUCAAAACACCAACAUUGUCUUCUUGGAUGACCCAUUCUCUGCAUUGGAUAUUCACUUGAGUGAUCAUUUGAUGCAGGAAGGGAUUUUGAAAUUUCUACAAGAGGAUAAGAGGACACUUGUUCUUGUGACCCACAAAUUACAAUACCUGACACAUGCUGACUGGAUCAUAGCUAUGAAGGAUGGUAAUGUACUAAGGGAAGGAACUUUGAAGGAUAUUCAAAACAAAGAUGUUGAGCUUUAUGAGCACUGGAAAACACUUAUGAAUCGCCAAGACCAAGAAUUAGAAAAGGAUAUGGAAGCUGACCAAACAACCUUGGAAAGAAAAACUCUCAGAAGAGCUAUGUAUUCAAGAGAAGCCAAAGCACAAAUGGAAGAUGAAGAUGAAGAGGAAGAAGAAGAGGAAGAUGAAGAAGAUAACAUGUCCACUGUAUUGAGACUCAGGACUAAAAUGCCAUGGAAGACUUGCUGGAGAUACCUUACUUCUGGAGGAUUCUUCUUCCUUUUUUUAAUGAUUUUUUCCAAACUACUGAAGCAUUCAGUUAUUGUGGCUAUAGACUACUGGCUAGCUACAUGGACAUCUGACCUUAAUGGAAAGGAUAGCAUAAGUGGUUUUCAGUCUUAUUAUGUGGCUGGAUUUACUAUCCUUUGUGGAACAGGUAUCUUCCUUUGCCUUGUUACAUCUCUUACUGUAGAAUGGAUGGGCCUCACAGCUGCCAAAAAUCUUCACCACAACCUCCUCAAUAAGAUCAUUCUUGGACCAAUCAGGUUCUUUGAUACAACACCCUUGGGGCUAAUCCUAAAUCGUUUUUCAGCUGACACAAAUAUUAUUGACCAGCACAUCCCUCCUACUCUGGAGUCUUUAACCCGCUCAACUUUACUCUGCCUGUCUGCCAUUGGGAUGAUCUCAUAUGCUACCCCUGUAUUCCUGGUUGCUCUUGUACCUCUUGGAAUUGCCUUUUACUUCAUUCAGAAAUACUUCCGUGUGGCCUCCAAGGAUCUCCAGGAGCUUGAUGACAGUACUCAGCUGCCUCUGCUUUGUCACUUUUCAGAAACUGCUGAAGGCCUCACCACCAUUCGAGCUUUUCGGCAUGAAACCAGAUUUAAGCAACGCAUGUUAGAGCUGACAGACACAAACAACAUAGCCUAUUUAUUUCUCUCAGCUGCCAACAGAUGGCUGGAGGUCAGGACGGAUUAUCUGGGAGCAUGCAUUGUUCUCACUGCAGCUGUUGCAUCUAUUGCAUCGAUUACUGAAACAUCUUAUUCUGGUCUGGUAGGAUUGGGCCUCCUGUAUGCACUUACGAUAACCAACUAUUUGAAUUGGGUUGUGAGAAAUUUGGCUGAUUUGGAGGUCCAAAUGGGAGCAGUAAAAAAAGUAAACAGUUUCUUGACAAUGGAGUCUGAAAACUAUGAAGGAGCAAUGGAUCCAUCUCAAGUUCCAGAACACUGGCCACAGGAAGGAGAGAUCAAAAUUCAUGAUCUGUGUGUCAGAUAUGAAAAUAAUCUCAAACCAGUUCUUAAACAUGUUAAGGCUUAUAUCAAGCCAGGGCAAAAGGUGGGCAUAUGUGGUAGGACUGGAAGCGGAAAGUCCUCAUUAUCACUGGCUUUCUUCAGAAUGGUGGAUAUCUUUGAUGGAAAGAUUGUCAUCGACGGAAUAGACAUUUCUAAACUCCCACUACACACCCUACGUUCCAGACUUUCGAUCAUUCUACAAGAUCCAAUACUAUUCAGUGGUUCUAUUCGAUUUAAUUUAGAUCCUGAAUGUAAAUGUACAGAUGAUAGACUUUGGGAAGCUCUAGAAAUUGCUCAACUCAAGAAUAUGGUAAAGUCACUUCCAGGAGGUCUAGAUGCAAUCGUCACUGAAGGUGGAGAAAACUUUAGUGUGGGACAAAGGCAGUUGUUCUGCCUUGCCAGAGCUUUUGUCCGCAAAAGCAGCAUUCUCAUCAUGGAUGAAGCCACAGCUUCUAUUGAUAUGGCUACAGAAAAUAUUUUGCAGAAAGUGGUAAUGACUGCCUUUGCAGACCGCACAGUUGUCACAAUUGCUCAUCGGGUUCACACUAUCCUGACAGCAGACCUGGUAAUCGUGAUGAGAAGAGGCAAUAUUUUAGAAUACGAUACCCCAGAAAGCCUCUUGGCUCAGGAAGAUGGUGUAUUUGCUUCUUUUGUUCGGGCAGACAUGUGAAAGAGUGCUUGAAUGUGAUUUACAUCGUUAAAGCAGAAUGUAACAACCAUCGUCUGUUUAAUGGAAUCUCUUUUCUAACCUUUGGGGGGAAAGUGUCAUUUUAGGUUUCCUCAAUUUGUAGCUUAGGAAAAGUCCUUCCCGUAUGAAUAACAUUUUUUAAAAAAUAAAAAUAUCACUUCACCAAAGAGCAUACACAUGUUCCCAGCACCAGCUUUACUAAUGUUUUAUAUUUCUUCCAGAUAUUAAUUACUUCUGAUUGUUUCAUUGUUAAUAUAGUGAUCAGAAGGCUGUAAUUUUGAGAAUUGCAGAUUAUACUGGAAUGGUGAGAUUACUUGUGAGGGAAGGAUUACAAAAGUCAUGCUUUAAUCUAACCAAGUUUUGUAGUUAUUUGCCGUAAAUGCUCAGCAACAUAACCAUUUUAUUUGUAUUGAUAUGUUUUUGUAAACACCAAAACUAAUCAUACUUUGUUACUGAUGUCUUCAGAAAAUUAAGGGGGAAAAACAAUUCACUCUUUGUAUAUUGUACAAUUCUUACCUAUAGCAAUAAUUCUAGUCUUUCUCUCUCUUGUUUUGCCCUGUUAGAAAAAAAGUCAUCAAACUUCUAGUAUUAAAUCACACUCUAAUAUAGCAGUUCUUCAAACUACUGAAGGAUUUGAAAAACAAUAUUUAAUUUCAUCCAUCUAUAAUUAGCAAAAAAAGAGGAAUUAGACCAAGAACAUUCUGUUUUCUGAAAUUUGAUGUUUUUGAGUUUCUUGAUGUUAGGCAUCUUAAUAAUUUUUAAAAAUAAUAAUAGCUUUUUUCUCCCCAAAAUACUUGCAAAUAUAGUUUUCAGCAUUCACCUUUAUAAAACCUUAUGUUCUAAAUUUUUCUUCUCUUUCACUUCACCCCUUCCUUAGACAACAAUAAUCCAAUAUUAAACGUGUAAUUCUUCUAAACAUAUUUCCACAUUUAUCAUGCUACACAAGAAAAAUCAGAUCAAAAGGGAAAAUAUGAGAAAGAAAAAAACAAGCAAACAACAACAAAAAAUGUAAAAUAUUAUUACAUAUUCAGUCCCUAUAGUCCUCUCUUUGGAUGAGGAAGGUUCUCUCCAUCACAAGUCUAUUGGAAUUGGCCUGAAUCACUUCAUUGUUGAAAAGAGCCAAGUCCAUCACAGUUGAUCAUCACAUAAUCUUGUUAUUGCUGUGUGCAAUGUUCUCUUGGUUCUACUCACUUCAAUUAGUAUCAGUUCAUGUAAGUCUUUUGAGGUCUUUCUAAAAUCAGCCUGCUAUUUAAGUAUUUUUAUAUUCCUCCAUAACACUGAAAAUGGCGCUUCACACUUAGCAAAUAUUUAAUAAAUGUUUGUGGAUAAAUGAAUUUUACCUUAUAGAACUAGAAGUCACUGGUUCAAAUGUUAACUAGGAUAAAAAUAAAUCUUUAUGCAUUUAGUGACUGCCAAUUAUAUACUCUACAUGUUAUACACAUGUAAGCUCCUAAGUACUACAUUAGAUUUAUAUAAUUGGGUAUCUACUUAAAAAUAUAGCUCAAGCUUCUUCAUUCAUGCAUUUAUUUUUCCAGAUAGGCAGAUACAUUAGCUCAAAACAAGACAUUUAAUCAAGCAACAUAAGGCAAGAAAAAGCCCUCUCAAGUACACAUAGAGUAUAUACUUCUACACAUGUGGAAAGAACAGAUGAUGGGGGUAGUACCCAAAAUACACAGCCAAGAAACUUGCAAGAAAUACAUUAAUAGGGAUCCAUAUAUUAGGGACUCAUGCAUAGCUAGAACAAUUCCCACUUCAACACUGAAAAGUACAAAUGUCAUUUGGUGGUGACAGCUUUCUGAUAGGUACCAUGUUUCUGUGCUGUAUAUCACAUUUUCACUUUCAAAUCGUCUCUCUGGAUGUGUUCUGUAGUCUCUCUCUUGUUUGCCAAGUUACUAUCUUCUACCAUCUUCUGGUUUCAGCAAAUUAGCCUCUUCAAGGCUAUCUCUACUAUCUUUGUCUGAAAUGCAAUGACAGAUUACGCUAUGCUUCUAUUCAUGUACAGUUUCUGGGGGUUACUAUGAUCCAAACCAGACAGAUGAGGCUAAUAGAAUACUUAAAAUGAGAUGGUCUAUUAUUUUUAUUAUUUACUUGUGAGGUUGAUUCAAAGUCUCUGGUAUCAAACAAUUGUCUGACUUAGGGGUAAAAAAUUGCUUGUAACUCUAGUUACCUACCUAAUUAUAAGAUUGUGUUCCUAAACUCUAUUUCAGGGAUUGUGCUAGAAAACAAAACAAAACAAAAAAACAGGUACUAUAUAGAAGCCUAUGUUCUGAAAUGAGUUUCAUACCCACUUUGUCAUGUCAAUGAAAUUAGGGUAGGAACAAAAGCUAAGCGAAGAAAUGAGUCAUCACUCUCUAUCCUUAGUUCACAUCCCUCCCCUUACUAUGUGUAUCUGACAGGAACAAAACCUCAUUGAUUUUCUUUUGUUUACUUCUUCUCAGCAAAGAAGUACUCUAAAAUAUAGACUACAUCAUAGUUUUCUAUAUGGGAUUCAGAACAUUGAAGUUCUCUGGUGUCAAUGUAUUCUAAAUCCAAAAACAUUAUUUGCCAAAGUUAUUUGUGUUUGAUCUAAAUUUAGUAAAAUUUGUUUAUUCUAGAUAAAAAUGUCCAAUGAUGCUGAAAAAACUUUAUCUUUAGCCCAUUUUGUCCAAAUCUCAUUUUAAUGAAUAUAUAGAAAGUGUAUAAAAAUGUUUAACACUUUAGCUACCUGCAUAAUGUUUUUCUAUUGUUGAAACCUAAAAGCAUCAAAUGAAAUAUAAUAAAACUCAAUUUUCUUUUGGUAAAAAGUUCUCAUAUAAUUGUGUAUUAUUACACACAAGUAAUCCAGAGAUUAUUAUUUCUCUGUCCAGAGAUAGUAGUCCAGAGAUAAUUAUUUCUGAUAUUGAUUAUUUUUAAGCACAUGUUUGACUUUUAAUGUCCCCAUUUGGUUUUUCUUGGUGUUGGCAAAGAUAUUAGAAUGGUUUGCCAUUUUGUUCUUCAGCUAAGGCAAGAAUGGUUAAGUAAUUUCCCCUUUUCAUAUUGUUUAAAGCUGGCUAGAAUCAAAUUAGCUCUUUAUAAUCAAGCUUUGUAAAUAUUUUCCAAAAAUUUACAAGCCUCAUAAUAUGUCUUUGAACCACUAAUGUUUACCAGAACUGAAUUGGUUCACUUCUUGACUGCCUAGAAAUGUCUUUUUCUCCCAGCUUAUACUUUCUUGGAAAAGAUAUAAUGGCAGACAUUUAUUCAACAAACAUUUAUGGUAUGUACUAUGUGAAAAGUACUAUAAAAAGUUUUUAGGGAGAUAUUAAGGUUAUACAAGUCACAAUUCCUAUGCUCAUAAAAUUAUCAGUCUAGAAAUCUGUAAUGUGUAGUCUGUGAUACAAAUUAUAAAGGCACAUAGUAAUUCCCUCUGAAAAUAUAAGAUAUAUCACAAAGUGCUAAUACAACCACCACAAAUACGAUCCCACAAAAUCAGUUUAAAGUUAUUAACUGACCUAACCAUUCUAAUAGUUGUCAAUAUCACCUAUAAUUGUGAAUCAUUGAAGUUGAGUAGAUAACCACAACUUUCCAAAACUGCCCUGAAUGGAUGAAAGUGAUUUUUAUAUUAUUCAGUUGUAUUAGUAAUUUAUUUUGUUACAGUAUCUCUUAAAUAAACGAGUGAGUUCUUAAAGGGAAAAAAAACCUUUUUCUAAACAUGAAUAUAUCUAUAUUUAAAUUUUAAAAAAUCAUCUACAUCCUUAAUUUUCUUUGAUGUUUGUAAAAAACCAAAAAAAUACAAGCUCAUGUAUCUGUUAAAUAUGAUUGAUUCAUUGUUAUAAAAUGAAAUUUUCAAAGAAAUAUUUUUUCUCUAGAUUUCCUUUUACAAGUUGAAUUAUUUCUCCACUUCUACAACCAUUUGGCAGUCAUCAUCUACUAAAAUUAAGAAGGGAUUAAAAUUCUAUUUUGGGUAUCAUUUGAAUCUCUGAAAUCAUCUAACAUGAAAGUAGCUUGACAUAAUUGGAAGGUAAUGAAUUAUGUGAGGAAACUAGAUUCUACACAAGCUGUAUGACUAUAGGUAACCCAUUUAAAUUCUCUGAUGCAAUUUCUUCAUCUGUGAUGCAAUAAAGUUAUUUCUUUUCAGAA